UGGAGGAGGGUGAGGGGAAGGGUCUCUCUCACUUGGUUAGCAGGGAUCCAGGCAUCUCUGACUGCCUGGCGAGGCCGAGGACAAUGGCGCAGAUCCUGUCUGGGCCGCGAAGAGAUGGUCCAGGUGAAGGAUGUUGGGCGGUGCUAGUGGCAUGACAUUGACAGCAUGCUGCAGUAUGGACCCAGCGAAUCAGCCUUCUCUAUUUCUUCGCGUGAGGUCCGCUGACCAGCCCAGCCUUCCAAGGGCAGCUAAUAGCUAACCGAGAAAACAUGACUGCUGGUUCAGUGUGUGCCCCUCAGAUCAUACCGCUGCGCGUGCCUCAGCCUGGAAAAGCUAACCAUGAAAUCGAUACCAAUACUCUUUUGGAAAUGAAAUCUGAUACCCCAGAUGUCAACAUAUAUUACACCCUGGAUGGCAGCAAACCUGACUUCCUAAAGAAAGUUGGUUCUGGUGAAAAUAAUACAUUUAAGUAUAUAAAACCAAUUACUCUGCCUGAUGGAAAAAUACAAGUUAAAGCUGUUGCUGUCUCUAAAGACUCCAGACAGAGUGGGAUUGUAACAAAGGUGUUUCAGGUGGACUAUGAACCACCGAAGAUGGAGUCUUCUGAAGACAGUGUUGAAGAUUCUCUCAAGGGCUUUUCAAAGCAGGAAUUAAAGAAUGGGUUUGUCGGACCCAAAUUAAGGAAGAAGUAUAAGAAUGCCGAAAAUAAAUCAACUUGGAACGUUAACCUCAGACGGCUUGCAGACCUCAAGGUAGGCGAAAGAGCAGACGCUAAAACUCUGAAAGAUCUUCGCUUCUCAGAGAGGCCACUGGAAGUCCCAGCCUACCACGAGGGAGCCGCUUCUAGACUGGCUACUCACCCGUCCCAGUCCCCUGGCUUUGCACACAUAACGGGCCGGAAGAGUCUGACAAGCACGGAGAUCAUGAGGAUCCAGAGGGAGACAGACUUCCUCAAGUGUGCCCACUGUCUGGCUUCCCGUCCAUCUGAUCCUUUUGCUCGCUUCUGUCAAGAAUGUGGCGCUCCUGUCCCACCCAUAUUUGGCUAUCGACUUCCACCUCCAGAAGGAGCUCAGAUGGGCCUGUGCACAGAAUGUGGAAGUAUGGUUCCCAUGAACACUCCCAUCUGUGUGGUGUGUGAGGCUCCUCUUGCUCCACAGCUUCGGCCACAGGCCAGCCUCCACCUGAAGGAGAAGGUGAUCUGCCGCACCUGUGGCACUGGGAACCCUGCUCAUCUGAGAUACUGUGUCACCUGCGAGGGGCCCCUGCCUGCAACACAAGAGUGGCUGUGCAAUGGAGAUCAAGUCCCUCAUCCGCCCAGUAGGAAUGGGGAGACCAUCUCCUGCUCCAGAUGUGGCUGCCAGAACCUCUGGGAGGCAUCCUUCUGCGACUGGUGUGGAGCCACGCUUGGCAUUUCUGCUAGGCAUUCUGUGUGCCCGAAGUGUGGGGCCAGCAAUCAUGUCUCUGCUCGAUUCUGUGGCUCCUGUGGCAUUUAUGUGAAGUCCAUUACAAGACUUAGGAUGAACAGCAGCUUGGCCCUAGUUGCUGGGGUCCCUCAUGCGUUUCCUGAGCCCCGACCUGCCUGGCAGGCCCUAAAUGUCUCUUUGCCCACAUCUGCUCUUGGGUCUAAAAAGGAAAUGGGCACACAGACCUCUGGCCUGUUCUACCCAUCUGGCAAGCUCCUGGCCAAGAAGGAGCUGGAGGCGGCUUCUCACAGGCAGAGACAGGAGAAGAUGAGUGAGCACCGGCCGGUCCUCACGGCUGUCAGCCCCGGAAGAGGCUACUGGAGAAAGCAGUUGGACCACAUCUCUGCUCACCUCAGGUCCUAUGCUCAGAACAACCCUGACUUCCGGGCUUUGAUUGCAGAACCCAGGAUGGGAAAGCUUAUUUCUGCUACUGUCCAUGAAGAUGGCUAUGAAGUUAGCAUCCGGCUGAACUACAUUCAAGUCUCCAACAAGAACCUGUACCUCAACAAGUCGGUGAAUCUUAGUGACCACUUUCUGAGCAGUGUCAUGGAAGGUGGGAAUGGGCUGUACUGCAGCAGGUCCAGCUUGGUGAGUGCCUAUAGCCAGAGCGCCUCAGACACCCCUGAAAGUGUCAAGAAGGUGAAGACUCUCAAGACCAAAAGCUUCCCCAGAAACCCAGAUCCACUCACACCUGAAAACAGACUCCUGCUGGAGGAACUUGGCGCCACAGGGAAAGGAAGACUGUCUGUGCUGGAACAGCUGCUGGAUGAAGGAGCAGACCCUAACUGCUGUGAUGGCCAAGGUCGACCUGCUGUUAUUGUGGCUGUUGUGAAUAAACACCAUGAAGCCAUUGCAGUUCUCGCUCAAAGAGGAGCAGACAUCGACCAGCAGUGGGGACCGUUCAGAAACACAGCUCUUCAUGAAGCAGCUCUACUUGGCCUGGAAGGAAGGGAGAGCAUCGCCACGUUACUGGGGUGCAACGCAGACACCCAGAAGAAGAACUCAAGAGGCCAAACAGCAUACGACACUGCUCUGGAGGUUGGGGAUGACCUCGCCUCUUCGCUCCUUGCCACUAAGUUCAGCCAAGGUCUGGAGGACCGACUUUCCCCACCGGGGAACCACAUCCUAAGCGACAAUUAGAGAUGAGGUAUUCUGGAGGCGGCAAAGACUACCCAGCUACAGCUGUUCUUAUUUUUGGAAUGUGUAUUUAAGUGAUAAGAUCUAGGGUUGAAAAGAAGUCAUAAUGUGAGUUCAAGGCCAGCCUGGUCUACAGAGAGUUCCAGGACAGCCAGGGCUAAAACAGAGAAACACUAUCCUGAAAAACAAAAAAACCAAAACAAAACAAAUAACUUAUAAGACUUGAGUGUGUGUGUGUAUGUGCAUGUGGAUGUGUGUCACAAAAGACUUCAUCCAGGGCCUUGCAGAUGCUAGGUAGGUGUUGUAUACCAUUGUGUUACACGCCCAGCUGUAUUUAUUUUGAAAUAGGGUCUUAUGAAGUUGCUCAGGCUGGCCUUGAACUCACCCUGUAGCAGACAGGCCUUGAACUACUCCAGAUCUACCUGUCUCAGCCUCCUAAAUAGCUGAGAUUAGAGGCUGUGACCAACAGACUCAGAUCUGUUUUCUAAAGCUGGCAUAACUACCCAGAACCACAUACAAGCUGGAGUAUGGUAAAAUUAACAUAUGCUUUUUAAUGUUUUAUGUUUUAUUUUCUGUUGUGUUUUUUGUUUUGUUGCCGGUCGGUUUGUUGAGACAGAGUCUCACUGUACAGCCAUGGCUGGCCUAGAAUUUGUUAUGUAGACCAGGCUCGCAUUGAGGUCACAGAGAUCUAGCUGUCUCUGCCUCCCAAAUGCUGGGAUUAAAGGUAUGUGCCACCAUGUCCAGAGAUUUUUUUUUAAUGUUUUUAUUGAUAAUUUUGAAAUUUUGUUUUUAAUUUUUGUUUUUCUUUAUUGUUGUUUUUGAGACAAGGUCUCGUGUAUCCUGUCCUCGAACUUGCUAUGUAGCUGAGGAUGGCCUUGAACUUCUGAUCCAGCUGCCUCCACCUUCUGAGUGCUGGGAUUACAGACUUGUACCACCACACUGGGUUUUAUGUGGUACAGGGGACUGAACCCAAGGAUUCAUGCAUGCUAACCAAAUACUCCACCAACUGAAGUAGAGUUAGAAAUUCCCAGCCUGGUUAUUUCUUUUUCAAUAGGUAAUAAUUACGUGUGGUUCCAAGCCAAAAAGUAUUAAGUUCCAUAUAAUAAAGCGCUUCCAUCCAGGCUCUUCAGCCACUGCUUCAUCCUCAGCCAUGUCUCUGUAGUGUGGUGUAACAUGGUAUAAUCACAUAUGUGAGUGUACACAGGAGUAUAACAUAAACUAUAUAGCAUGUGUAUAUCCUCCCCAGCCUUUAUUGGACAUAAAUAUACAGCUUAAUGAAGUAAUUUAUAAGAAUUCAGAGCAGAAUAGCUGUGUCCUUAUCUUAGCAGAAACUGUGUUUGAGAAGUCUCUCCCCACGAUUCAGAACUAGGUUAUCCUGUCUCAUGCUCCCUCAAGCUGGUCUCAGUCCAUCUCCAGGUCUUCUCCCUCCUCCCAGAGUUCUCCCUGUGCGGUGGUGACCCGUCACCCACAGCAGACAGGUGGUUGAAAACAAUUCUAAUUUAAGGGUUGGCUCUCUCUUUCCUACAAAGGAUCGCAGAAAUGUGUUCCUAGGAAUGGUCCCAUAUUGAGUAACUUCGAUUCUGCUAGGUCUGCUGAAAGCAAGACUACGCUUACUCAGUAUGACAUUGUUUUAAUGGCCGUUCUUCUUCUCCAACUCAUGUCCUCACCCUUGAUGGGAUGUUCAGGACAUCCACCAGGGAAGGAGAACCAGUGUCUGUAAGAGACCCGGGAGGCAUUUCCUGUAGACACAUGGACAUCUGGCACAUGGCAUCAGAUGUUUCUGCGACUGCAGUUUUACAGGUGUUUUACCUUCCUGGGCAAAAAGAGUCUAGCAUUCAGGUUCCUCCUUUGGAGGACACACCGCACUGUAACAGGACCUCAUCAUUCAUGGGCCUCUAGAAGCUAUAGCUGUCCCUUUUGUUUAUAGAAUAGUACACGUGAGUCCAUGUGGACAGAGGGGUGGCUGACAUCUUGCUUUUCUCUGUGUAACAGGUCACACAGUUGGUUACAAUCAGUGACCCCAUAGUAAUUAGGAUCCCAUUCCUGAGAGCUGCUUUUGCCAGAAAUCACUACAGAUACUGUUGACUGCUUUGAAACCAAAAUGUUCUACCUGGACAUCUGUUCUGUGUGUUUCCCUUGAAAACACAGUGGAGGGUGGGCCUAAAGUCCCAGCUCUUUUGCAGAAGAUGUUGGAAUGGCAUGGCAAUGGCAUGGAUGUGGUUCUUAUUACACGAGAAAGGGUACGUGGGUAGAGAAUGGUAAGUCAGUCAGGCAGAGAGGCUCAAGGACCGUGUGUAAGAGGAAGGCCUGUUGGGGCCUGAUGGGGCGGGUUCUCUUGUGGACUGGUCGUCUGAAGGAUGGACUUGCAGGAUUCGAGCUAGGAGCAUCUGUCUAGCAGGAUACUUCCCUAGACUGUUUUCUCUCUGGGGCUUUAGUGGACUCAGAGGACUCUGGAGUUCUUAACUGAUUAGUGGAGACAACUCCACUGGGACAGUCUACGCAGCCUGUGUUGUUUGACGUUGGGUCAAUUCACUGUGCAGUGCCGCAGCAUAGUCCAGCUCCUGCUGGAAGGCAGUGUGUGGCAGGACAAACAGGCCCUGAAGCCUCAGCAAGCUUUGCAGGCUGGUCCCCUUCCCCAGACUCUCCAUCUUCAGCAAAGAUGGAUUUAUAAGGUUGAGACAGAAACUGCCUUCUCCAACAGCAGGUGAAUUGUCUCCCGAGACUACUAAAAUAAAGCUCUCCUUUGCUUUUAAUCUGCUACCUUUUGGGCCCAGUCUGGAUCUUUCCAUCAGCAGGUCUCUGUCUAUUGUAGGAAUCCAGGAGGAGCAUAGGCUUUCUUGGUUGGUAUUUUUGGCAGUAUGCAGUCUGUAGGUUUGAAUUAGGUUUAGGUUACCCAAAGUGACGGGCCAAGAUGAUCUCUCUAAAAAUGGAUUAUCAAGUCUGAGAGUCUGAAAGCUGCCCAGACAAUGAGCUUUGAACACAGGCCUUCCACAUGCUCUAGAUUCACUGAACACAUUUUUUUUUUUUUAAAGUACAGGCAGCAUUUAGGCCAGCUCACCUACCAUGAACCAUCGGGACCCUUGGGGAUGAGGCUGCCCUUUCCUGCUUCCUGCAUGACAGACAGCAAAGCGCUGGUAUCCCUUCUAUUUCCUCGAGGUUAACAUGUUAAAACAGGAUAGUGUGUGUGUGUUUCUAUUACUGUGACAUAUCUAUAGAAGUAGUCUGUUUCCCUUUAGCAAACUUCUUCAGUAACGUGACCCUGGGGGUUGUUUCUGUGUUAUGUUCCUGACAGCCAAAGUCCGGAAGGUGCCUUUCCAUUUCAAGGUGGUUUGAUAACUGAGUUGUACUCAAAGUUCACAUAUUUGAAUGGGUGAGAAUGGAGGAGCCCCAAGAGUAAACCUUUAAGAAAUGUGGGGUACUGAGAUGUCAUUUAUGUUGAAGGCAUGUCGUUGAAGGGGCUUGUGGAAUCUCCUCGUUCUCUUCUGCUUCCUGGUGAUUAACUGAAUGAUUUGUUUCUGGUAUGAUAUACCUUGAUACAGCCUCAAAGCCUUGGCGUCAAAUGACCGUGGACUAGAAACUUCGGAACUGUGAGCCAACACAACCUUUUGUUUGUAAGUUGAUUAUCGUGGGUGUUGUGUUAUAAUGAUGAAAAGCUGACUAGCACAAUAUUGUACCUGCAUGCUUAUACACUAUAAGUGUUGUGUCUACUUCUUAGGAAAUAAUUGUGAAAAUUUGCUUGAUUUUUUUUUUUUUUGAAUGAUCAGUGAGCCUAAAGGACAGCUUUACGAACUAGGUAUCUCAGCUAUUAAGUCUGGAGAACAUUUAUUUUCUGAUAGAAGGUUGUGCUCACUUUGAGAAUACAGAUUUUUAAAGUGAGUCAAUAUUUUGGUUGUGACGGCUUAUGCACUCUGAGAGGAGUAAUGCUGUGAAGAUUCUGUCUCCCAGACAUAUGUGCAGUCAUGAUGGAUGUUCAUAUCUCAGCAGAGUGGUCCACUGCUCAUCCUGUGCAGACAAGUGGCUUUCAUAAAACAUUCUCUGUGUGUUAUAAGAAUUAAAACAGCAUAAAAUUUAAAUAAAGGAAAAACUGCUAACCUACA